GGGAGUUCACAGCAGAGAGUAGCCUCUAGAGGCCGCUCUUACCCAGAGAGGAAACAGGGCCCAGUGACUGUGCAGGAUGGGGACAGAUGUCCUGCUGUGUGGUUGCUGGAGAGUAGCUCCUGGAGCAUCAGCCCAGCCCUGGUCCAGGCCCCUCCUCCUCUCUGUGAGCACAUCCACUUCGAGUAGGUGAGUUGGCUUUAAAUAGAAAUAAAAAUUGUAGGUUAUAUGUUUGUCUCUAGAGUGAAAGACGGAGGAGAGCAGUGUGGGAGAGGAAUCGGAAAACGCUCGAACGGCGGUGAAUGCGUCGGUGACCUGACCAGUGAAGAAUUCAGACACAUGAUGAACGACCUUAAAAUCCAGAAGGACACAGAGGGGAAAGUGUUUGAAAUACCCUUCUUUGCUGAUUUCAUUGUACCUGUGGACAGGAGACAGACAGCCAGGGGUCCGUGUGCUUCUGGCUGGGCUUUUAGGGAAGCCGGUGCCCUCAAAGUACACAAGUUCCGGAAAACAGGCCAAAUUGUGUCGCUGAGUGAGCGGAACCCGCUGGACUAUUCUAGGUCUCAAGGCAGUGAGGGCUGCCCUGUUGGCCUGGUGAAUUAUGCCUUCCAGUAUAUUCUGAACAACGGAGGCCUAGACUCAGAGGAAUCCUAUCCAUAUCGUCCAGGGGUCAGUGGAGCUCUUCACGUGUCAUCCGUCCAGCUCUGCUCCUAGUCACAUGCUUUUCAAGAACACAGAUACCAUAUUUAAUAUUUGCAUUUUUUUUUAUCUUUUCAAAAAGAUUUUAUUUAUUUAUUUGACAGACAGAGAUGACAAGUAGGCAGAGAGGCAGGCAGAGGGGAGCGGGGGAAGCAGGCUCCCCACCAAGGAGGGAGCCCCAUGAGGGGCUCAAUCCCAGGAUGCUGAGAUCAUGACCUGGGCCGAGGGAAGAGGCUUAACCCACUGAGCCACCCAGGCACCCACAAUACUCACAUUUUAAAUGGUGAACCCUAGAGCUGCAAACUGUCAGGACUGUCAUUAAACCAGACAAGCCAGGCACAGUGCCUGCCUCAGUGGGGACCACAUGACUAUUUUUAUUUCUAUGUUACAGGGAGACAUACAUACCAUUCUCUACAGGGUACAGAUUUCUCUGGAAUGAACCAGUUCUUAAGGACACUAGAUCCUGAAUAAUUCAUUGAACACAUACAAGGUAGUUUUUCAAUUUCAAAACAACCAAUAGCGUUUCAGCUCCUGGGAUGCUUUA